AUAUUGCGAUCAAGUGAUUGCAUAUGGCUGUCAACGAGGGCGAAAAUGAGUUCACAACUGAAGUUAAUGCGAUUGGACAGACUCACCACAAGAACUUAGUAAACCUUGUUGGUUAUUGUGAUGAGGGAAAUAACCGACUUCUAGUGUACGAGCACAUGAGCAACGGCUCUCUAGCUAGCCUUCUCUUCGGCAUAUCAAGGCCUCGGUGGAACCAACGACUGCAAAUCGCGUGCGGUAUCGCUAGAGAUCUAGCUUACUUGCACGAAGAAUGCAGCACUCAGAUCAUACACUGUGAUGUCAAGCCUCAAAACAUACUCUUGGACGAAUACCUCGUCCCAAAAAUCUCCGACUUUGGAUUGGCUAAACUUCUACUAUCCGAGCAGAGUCGUGUUGCACGGACGCAUGUUAGGGGGACGGUCGGGUACUUUGCACCCGAGUGGUUUAGGAAAGCAUCGAUCACAGCAAAAGUGGAUGUCUAUAGCUUUGGUGUGAUGCUGCUUGAAAUAGUUUGUUGCAUGUCAAGUGUGAAAUUUGGUAUGGAGGAUGAUGAAGAGGAGGGGUUGGUUGAUUGGAUUUAUGAGUGCUACAGCCAAGAGAAGCUAGAGAUGCUGGUGGAGAUGACGAGGAAGCUAGGAAUGACAUGAAGGGUGUGGCGAGACUAGUGAUGGUGGGGAUUUGGUGCAUUCAAGAAAAUCCUUCUCUAAGGCCAUCCAUGCGAAGAGUCUUACAGAUGCUUGAGGGGGUUGCCCAAGUUUCCGACCCUCCGACUCCUCUGCUUUUUGCUUCAUCAUCAUCAUGAUAUUUUACGCGCUUCCCUGAAAUGUGUCGUGGAACAACAAUAAUAAGUGGAGACAGAUGAAAGAAGAGUGAAAAGAAGUGGAGAGAAAAUAAUAAAAAGUUUAAAAUUCAACUUGCACACCUAGCGGAGGUGUGCAAGUUACAAA